AUGAGGAUCACGAGAUGCUCUGUUGGGGGCGGAGCUGAUAUUGACGUGUCAUGCAGAGGGCACGCUCACUCCACAGAUCAGCUGGAUGAGAAACGGAGUGAAGCUCGACACCACCGAGCAUGUGCAGCUCAGCUGGCACUUUGUGUCCGUGUGCACGUGCCGUUCGACACCAUACCCCCCCCACCACUUACAGCGCCAGUACGCAUAAACAGAAACACUUAUCUGUCGGGAUCUAUUUUUACUUUUUUUUUAAGGAUCUCUCCAGUGCAGCUCUCUGACUCUGGACUCUACACCUGUGUGGCUCGCAGUAAAGCAGGAUUUGCAGAACAGCAGUUCCAACCUAAAGGUUUCGGCCCCUGCCGUGGUGAAGCACACCGAGCCAGUGGAGCUUGGAGUGAAGUGGUAACGCUUGUAUGUGAGGCUCAUGGUGUUCCACCUCCAACCCUCACCUGGAUGAAGGACAGUGAGCCGCUCUCUCUGCACCAAACCAUGCUGCUGCACAAUGCAGGAGAACCUCGCUUCCAGCUGCUAAAUGUUCAACGUGAGGAUCUUGGAUUUUACACAUCCUUCCCGGCUGGAACCAGCACCAAGACCUUCAACCUCACUGUGUUAGAGCCUCCCAAGAUAUCCAGCUCUCCAAAAGGAGAGGAGCUGAUGGUGGCGGUGAAUGGUGUUUUGGAGUUGGAGUGUGUUGCUGAUGAAUUUCCUGCUCCCACCGUGAGUGGGAUAAAGGGUGGAUGCCCCUAGAGGACAGCAGAGUUGUACUGCACCAAGAUGGACAGAUUCUCACCAUCAGCAACAUUCAGGUCCUAUUCAAUUAUUACAUUUUAUUUCUACAGCGCUUUUAAUAACUGUUAUUGUCGCAAAGCAGCUUUAAACAAUCAAGAGGAUUAUGUAAGUGUCUUUGAAAUGUGAAUAUGUGUGAAUCAGAAUGAUUAGAUCGUCCCUGAUGAACGAGCCGAGGGCGACGGCGCUGAGGAAAAAAAUCCCUGAGAUGGUA